AUGCGCGCUGCCGUUUACAAGGGUGAGCAGGUUUUGCAGGUCGAGGAGCUUCCCGAUCCUACUCCGGGACCCAACCAGGUGGUGAUGCGGGUGAAAUACUCCGCGAUCUGCGGGACGGACGUGCACGCUUUCAUGUAUGACCUGGCCCAGCCGGGCGCGGUGAUGGGCCACGAGUACACCGGGACCAUCGUUGACAUUGGGCCGGAGACAGGCCGCUGGCAGAUGGGCGACCGAGUGGUCGGCGGCGGCGGACAUCCCCCGCAGGGCGGCGGGUCGGCGACGCGCACCCACCCGCGGUUCAACUACCGCACGAUGGGUUUCCAGCACAACACGCGGCCGCGCGGCUAUGCCGAGUUCGUGCUGCUGGACGAAUGGGAACCGACGCCGGUUCCGGACGACGUGACCGACGAGCAGGCCGCGCUGUGCGAGCCAUGCGCGGUCACCGUCCACGCCGUGCGCCUGUCCGACAUCAAGUUGGGCGACGCCGUGCUGGUGCUGGGAGCGGGACCCAUCGGCCUGCUGUGCAUGCAAACGGCAAGGGCGGCCGGCGCGACCACGGUGAUCGUGUCCGAGCCGGCGCCGGGUCGUGCGGAGGCCGCACGGCAACUGGGCGCGGACGCGGUGCUCAACCCGAUGGACAACGAUUUUGCCGAGCGGGUGGUGGCGUUGACCGGCGGUACGGGUCCACAGGUGGUGUUCGAGUGCGCCGCCGCGCCGUCGACGCUGGAGCAGGGGCUGGACCUGUGCGCUCGCGGCGGGCAGGUGGUGAUGAUCGCCAUCGCCUGGGAGCCCACGCCGGUGGCGCCGCCCAACUGGAUGGCGCGGGAAGUGCGGAUGCAGUCGUCGUUCGGCACGCUGCCGGAGGACUGGCGGAUCGCGCUGGAGCUGAUGCGAACCGGGCGGGUGUCCGUGGAGCACAUGCUGUCGGGCACCAACUUCGUGCCGCUGGAUGGAAUCCAGGGCGCGUUUGAGGCGCUGUGCCACCCGACCAACGAGCUACAGAUGGUGGUGGAACCGUAA